AUGGGUAGAGGAAAGGUAGAACUAAAGAGGAUUGAAAACAAAAUAAAUCGUCAAGUUACAUUUGCAAAGAGAAGAAAUGGGUUACUCAAGAAGGCUUAUGAACUUUCUGUGCUUUGUGAUGCUGAGGUUGCUCUUAUUAUUUUCUCUAACCGUGGAAAGCUCUAUGAAUUCUGCAGUGGAACAAGCAUGGCCAAGACCCUAGAACGGUACCAAAGAUGCAGCUAUGGAGCCUUGGAAUUACACCACCAACCUGAAAUUGAGACACAGAAGCGCUAUCAAGAGUAUCUCAGGCUAAAAUCAAAAGUCGAAGGACUACAACAAACACAGAGAAACUUUCUUGGAGAAGAAUUGGAGCAAUUAGAUAUUAAGGAGCUUGAGCAGCUAGAACGUCAGUUAGACUCUUCCUUAAAGAUAAUCAGGUCAAACAAGACACAGCAUAUGCUUGAUCAACUCACAGAUUUGCAAAGAAAGGAAGAGAUGCUACUGGAGACUAAUAAUAUCCUCAGGAACAAGUUGGAGGAAAUUAAUGCGACCCUUCAACCAACAUGGGAAUCUAGGGAGCAAAAUGGCCCCUAUAGCUGCCCCCCUCACCAAUCAGAGGGAUACUAUGAGAAAGCAUGUUGCAAUAGUACAUUACAAAUUGGCUACAAUUCUUCAAUGAUAAAUGAGUCAGGAGGAGCUGCAGGUUCCUCAUCUCAGAAUCCGAAUGACUUCAUGCAUGGAUGGAUGAACUAA